GGAGAGAGAGCAGCGGCCUUCGCUCCCGCAGCAGUCCUGCCCUGCCUCCCCUUGGCAGGGCUUCGGACCACCGAAGAAAGCGCUCGCCUGCUGCCCUUGGAGGGGCCCUCUCCCUCGCGCCUCCCACUUUUGCCUCCGGCAGCGGGAGACGCGUUGGGGCGGCCUCGGUCCUCCCCUGAGGCUCGGCUUAGCAGCCCCUGCGCCUCCCGCUCCGCUCACCUGAGCAAGCCGCCGGGCCGGGCGCUGUCGCGAGGCAGCGGGAGAGCGGAGGGCCACGGGAGCGGCCCCUUCGAACAACCGAGGAGCACGCGCCGGGCCGGGAGCAGGAGGCGCCCUGAGCCCCGCCGCGCUCCGGGGGAGGGGGACGCGCGUGCGUGAAAGCCGGCCACCCGCCUCUCCUGGCUAGCUGCCGCCUUUCCUGGAGAGCGCUGCGUGCGGGCAUGGGCUGAAGGAGGCAGCGCGCCUGCCGCUGGAGGGGAAGCGAGCGAGCCCGGGCAGCGGCAGCGGCUGACGAGGAGCUACUCCCGCAUCCUGCGCGGAAGCCUCCUUGGCAGCGAUGGCGACGGAGAAUGCAAGAGAUGAACUUGAGAUUUUAACGUUGAUUCUGCAACACACGAAUCUGCCUUGUGCUGAAUCAGACCCUUGGCCCACCCGACCACUCUGACUGAAAGUGGCUCUGCAGGGCCUCAGGCAGCUGCUUGAUGGAUCAGGAGCUAAAGUGUAGCUGAAGAGCUGAUUAAUCAUACUCUAAAGAUUUUUGCAACCCUAUCCAAACAAUGUUCAUCUGUAAUUACUCCUGAAGCAAUUGGGUUCCUCUCCGCUGUUGGGGUCUUCAUUGUCCUGCUUGCAGUCCUCUUCCUCUUCAUCAACAAGAAGCUCUGUUUUGAAAAGAUUGGGGGUCUCCGCUGCUUGGAGCAACGAGGGAAACGGAAGCACUACAAAGAGAAGACCGGCGUUCACGAGGGCCUUGCUCGCAGAACUGAGAUUGGCAUGCUGUCAAGAUGGAGUUCAUGAUCAUCCGAUUUCUGGUUCACGGUGUAUAAAAACACAACACAAAACAUGUCCUCGCAGGAUGUUCAGAGUUUCUUCCAGCCUCUUUCCUCCUGGAUGUCUCGGGUGUAUGAGGCUCUCCAGCAAGCAGGGGAUUCCUUAUCCUCUUCCUUGAUCAAUCUGGGAAGCAAAGUGGAUCACCAUUCGGACCAAGAGGGGGACGAGGAGUUUGAAGACAGUGAGGGGUCUUACGAACGCUACUCAGAAGCUUCAGAAGAUGAAAGCAGCUUGAGCCAGGAGAGUGAGGGGUCGGAUCGCUUUUCAUCAUCCUGUUAUGACCCUGCUUCUCUAGAGUCUUCCUGUGCUUCGGACUUGGGUCUUUAUUGGCCAGAGAAAGACAGGAACAGCCUUGUCUUCUCAGAGCAAUAUCUGGAUGAUGAUGCUUCCACAUCCCAUGGAGUCUGCCAAAGCUACAGGGGCUACCAGCCCAUGGAACCCCUCCCCACUAUCCCUGAAGAAGAGGAGCACUACUGCUCCAAACCAAAGAAGAACCUUCCACACACCUGGAAUGGUCAAACAUCUUCUUUGGUAGAAAGCAGGAAGGUGAACAGUUAUGGGGAGGAUGAAGAUCUCACAACCUCCUCUGACAGCGACGAGGAGGUGAUUAAGCAGUUCGAGAUCUCCGUUUCCCGUUCGCAAAGUUUUCGGUCGGGAGUUUCCGAAAAAGGAACCCAAGUGGGUUCAGAGCGUAUGCCAAAAUUCAACCGCUUGUUGUCAAACCAUGAAGAAUACAGUACUGAGGCCUCAGAAUGUGAAGAUCUGGACGGGUUCAGUCAACUGAGUUACCAAGACAACCUCUCUUAUCACGAAGAUGACCAUCUGUCCUUCGAUUCGAGAACAGCAUCGGAGAGCAGGGGUUCUGGGCAGCCCAAAGACCCCGAGAUGGAGGUUAGUGCAACGCCGAGUCUCAGCCGGCAAGAAACCGAAGGGAGCUUGGAGAUGGAGACAGCCUUCAGCAACCAAGGAUAUGAAGGGAAUGACGCCACAGACAGCUCAUCGGCCUGGACACCAGAGGAACACGAUGGCGCACGCGCCCUUCCAGCUCACGCGAGCACCCAUGAGCCCAUUUCCAAAUGUGGCGACCUCGACGUCCUCUUCGAGUACAAACCCUCCAGCCAAAAGCUGCUUGUGACGGUCCUGGAGGCCAAGGAUAUCCCUGACAAGGACCGCAGUGGAGCCAGCACCUGGCAGGUCCACACGGUCCUGAUGCCCAGCAAGAAGCAGAGAGGCAAGACCAGCAUCCAGAGAGGUCCCAACCCAGUGUUCAAGGACAAGUCGACCUUCACGAAGCUGGCGCCCGAGGAGCUGAGCAGCUACGCCCUCCGGUUCCGCCUCUACUCGGUGCGCAGGAUGAUCAAGGAGAGGAUGAUGGGGGAACGGCUUUUCUAUCUCAGCAGCCUGAACCAGGAGGGGGAGAUGAAGGUCACGCUGGUCCUGGAGCCCAGGAGUAACUUGUGUAGCGGAGGCUCUCAGAUCAGCCUCUCGGCCAUCUCUCACAGCGACAGCGCUUCUUCAACCCAGUCCUUGUCGCACGGAGGGGUUCCAGAGCUGCUAGUGGGGCUGUCCUACAACGCCACCACAGGACGGUUGUCAGUGGAAAUGAUCAAAGGCAGUCACUUCCGGAACCUUGCUAUUAACCGGCCACCCGACACUUAUGGGAAACUUUGCCUUCUCAACUCUGUCGGGCAAGAGAUGUCUCGCUGCAAGACGUCCGUCCGCCGGGGACAGCCAAACCCCGUCUACAAAGAGACUUUCGUCUUCCAGGUCGCCUUGUUCCAGCUUUCCGACGUCACACUGAUGAUCUCCAUCUACAAUCGCCGCAGCAUAAAGCGCAAGGAGAUGAUUGGCUGGCUCUCGAUGGGCCAGAAGAGCAGUGGAGAGGAGGAGCUAAGCCAUUGGCAGGAGAUGAAAGAGUCCAAGACCCAGCAGGUCUGCCGGUGGCACACCCUCCUGGAGUCUUAAGGGAUGCCUCCGUUCUAGUACUGUGCGUGCCCAAAGAGCAGAAAUGGUCUCCCCAGCAUUUGACACAUAAAAGACCAUCAAUUUCUAUUACAACUGGACUCCUGAUGCUUUUUACUAACACAGUUGUCAUGGGUCCUUUUUGCACUUUCCCCUCCCCAUGCCACUGGGAAUCUCUUGAAAGAACAGCCAGGUAAUUGGCAAAGAGAAAGCAGGAAGGUAUUAUUGGAUCGGCACCAAAACAUGGUCUUGGCACCCUCACUCUGAACUAGCUUGGUUUAGCCUCCACGGUGUUGUCACGUAGCCAAAUCAGGUUGGUGUCCUGUUGCUAGGAAGAAGAGGGGCUUUUUUUUCUAACAACAACAACAAAGGUAGUUAAGCGGCAUCUGAUAGGGGAUGUGGAUAGCAGUAAACUGCAGUCAAGAAGGUUUGGGGGAGCUGGCAUAGCUCAGUGACAAGAGCACCUGCUUUGCAUGCAGAAGGUCCCAAGUUCAGUUCCUGGCAUCUCCAGGUAGGGCCUCUGGAGAGCUGCAGCCAAUCACCGUAGAUAGGGCUGAGCAAGGUGGAUCAGUGGGUGGACUUGGAUAAAGCAGCUCAGCCUAAGCAAGAUAAGCUUUUUGGAGGAGGCCUUUUGGGAAACAUCUUAGGUCUCUGGAAGUCUCUCUUUUAUGUUCAUGAGCAAACAAUCAGCUCAGCUCCAUACUUGGAUGUGAGAUUUAAAAGCAAAUAUAUAGCAUAAAAAUAGAAUAGUUGAUGAAAGUGAAUGGAUAACCUGGGCAGGCAGUACCAGCAGGUCUGGCGUUAGGGGCUCUAGGAUAGGGCAGUGGUAGUGGCUGUGUAUAGAAGCCCCUCGUAUGACCCAGAUAGGUCUCCCUUUGAUUUCUGAAUCAUCAACAGGCUUAGCCCUCCCAUCUUCUACAUUUUCUCCUUGUCAGCACGAGAGAUAGAAAUAAGCAUUUUAGUCAAACCUCAAGACAGAGUUGCAAGUGCUGGACAGUUCGCUGAAAGUGUCAACUCAGUGCACGGCAGCUGUGAAAAAGGCAAAUUCCAUGCUAAUCAUGGAAUAGUGAGGAAGGAGGACUGAGAAUACAAAUGCUGAUGCCCUUAUACAAAAUGAUGGUGCAGCCACAUUUGGAGUACUGCGUACAGUUCUGGUCUCCGUAGCUUAAGGACAUGGGAAAGGUAUAGAACUGAGAAUGGUGCAGAAGAGGGCAACCUAGAGGAUCAGGGGCCUGGAGUACUUUCCAUAUGAGGCCAGGCUGCAGCAUCUGGGGCUUUUUAUUUUGGAAAAGAGGCAACUACAGGGAGACAUGAUAGAAGUUUAUAAAAUUAUACAUGGAGUAGAGAGAGUGGACAAGGAUAAAUUUUUCUCCCUCUCCCACCACGCUAGAACCACAGGUCAACCUAUUAAACUGAUGGCCAAGAAAUUUAGGGCUGACAAAAGGAAUUACUUUUUCACAUAGCACAUAAUUAAUCUGAGGAAUUCUCUGCCACAGGAUGUGGUGAUGGCCACUAGCUUGGAUGGCUUUAAAGGGGACUUAGACAAAUUCAUGGAGGACUAUCAAUGCUUCCCACCUGCAGGCUCAGAGAAAAGAUGCCUCUCAAUACCAGUUGCAGGGGAGCAACAGCAAGAGAGAGGGCAUUCCCUCACCUCUUGCCUGUGGGCUUCUCAUGGGCAUCUGGUGGGCUGCUGUGGGAAACAGGAUGCUGGACUAGAUAGGCCUUCAGCCUGAUCCAGCAGGGCUGGCCUUAUGCAACAGCUAAGUUUUAGGCCCAGCUAAAUAUUGCCCCCAGUUUCAACCUCUUCACUGUGUGGCUCAUUGAGGGCAAACCAGUUAUAGGCCCUGUUAUGUCAGGAAGAAAUAGCCCCACUUCCUUCACAAGUAGUUUCAUGCAUGGUCAAAACACUCCUGAUUCCUGGCAUGCCAGAGAUGCUUCAUCUGCUCACCCACGGUAUUCUAGUAAUUGUCGUGGUGCCGUUCUCCUUGGUUUUUCUUGUUGCCUGAAUAUUAUAUGGCAUGGGAUGGAUAGUUGACACUAAGCAGGGGACCUAAAUUACAAGGUGAGAAAGAAGACUCUACCCAGGGAUUCUCAAAUGUGGGUCCCCAUGUUGUUGGACUGCAGCUCCCAUAAUCCUCAGCCACAGUGGCCUUUGGCCAUUUGCUGGACUUCAGCUCCCAUAAUCCCCAGCCACAAUGGCCAAAUGUUGUUGGACUUCAGCUCCCAUAAUCCCCAGAGACAAUGGCCAAAUGUUGUUGGACUUCAGCUCCCAUAAUCCCCAGAGACAAUGGCCAAAUGUUGUUGGACUUCAACUCCCAUAAUCCCCAGAGACAAUGGCCAAAUGUUGUUGGACUUCAACUCCCAUAAUCCCCGGCCACAAUGGCCAAAUGUUGGACUUCAACUCCCAUAAUCCCCAGACACACUGACCUUUGGCCAUUUGUUGGACAAUUGUGGCUGGGGAUUAUAGGAGCUGAAGUCCAACAGCAUCUGGGGACCCAAGUCUGAGAACCCUUGCCCUAACUUAUAACCCAAAAGGACAAUGUACUCUGAAUGCUCUACCCAAGCGUACUCAUUACUUAGUCCUUCGGAACGGUGCGUUUCAAGCUGUGUUCUGAGAAAACUGAGAAGACCACCAGGAGUUUCUCAGUCAAUUGGAAGACACCCAGUGGUGGAUUAACUUCUCUGAAAGAUCUUUCCUCUCAAUAUGCAGCCUCGAAAGAGUGUUAGGGUGUUUCCAGGGUCUGUAGUGAGGCUGACAUGACUUGCCCGGUGUGUGCUGGACCACUAGCCAGAAUCCAGUCCAUCUUGCUGGGGAUAGGAACAAAGGAAGCUGCCUUCCACCACUGGGCCAUCGAGCUCAGUAUUGUCUACCCUGACUGGCAGCAGCUUCUCCAAGGUUGCAGGCAGGAGUCUCUCUCAGGCCUAUCUGGAGGUGCCAGGGAGGGAACUUGGAACCUUCUGCAUGCAAGCAUGGAGAUGUUCUUCCCAGAGCUGACCCAUCCCUAAAGGGAAUAUCUUUAAGUGCCCACCCAUGCAGUCCCCCAUUCAAAUGCAAACCAGGGCAGGCCCUGCUUAGCAGAGGGGACAAUUCAUGCUUGCUACCACAAGACCAGCUCUCCUACGGGAUGGCCCAAAACUCAGUGGUGGAGCAUCUGCUUUUCAUGAAGCCCCAGGUUCAAUCCCUGGCAGCCCCAGGUUGGGUGAAGGAAGUCUCCAGAAACCUUGGAGAGCGGCUACUGCCAGCGUCAACACUGAGUUAGAUGGACCAAGAGCUGGGCUUCAGUCCAAGGUGGCUUCCUGUGUACCCAGCAUUUUAGCGGAGGGGACCAAAGCUCUGUGGAGAAGCACCUGCUUUCCCUGCAGAAGGUCCCAGUACAGGGUCAAACCUGGACUGGGACUGGGAGAGACUCCUCCCUGAUUCCUUGGAGAGCCACUGCCAGUCAGUGUAGGCAGAACUGAGCUGGACACACCAAUGGUCUGCCUCUGUACAAGUCGGCUUCCUUUGUUCUGGUGAUUGUCCGCUGCGUGCAGAAAUUUCUGGGCAGAUUUGCGAGCCAACACUGUUGUGGAAAGGAAAGUUGGAAACAAGGGUUAGAGAACUUAAAAAUAAAUAAAUAAAUAGAUGUUACCUAUUUCCAUUUUAAAACUUUUCAUAUAUUUUGGCCUUUGUGGAGGGAACCAAUGUUAUGGAAAAGACAGACCUGUUUCUAUCCAAGCAGCUGAUUCAUAGAUUUGAAAGAGUUUCUGAUGCUCUCUUCUUCUGAGGUUCCAGGUUUCUCCCCUCUCCCUUCCUUAUCUCAUGUGAAUUCUGGGCACAAGUUUUCUUGAUUAUGCAGAUGAGAUCAUUAGUCUUGCACUGCAUGUGGCUUGUCUGUUCUUCUUUCUUUAAAAAAAAUGGUGUUUCUGGUCCUCCUGAGAUGAAGCAGUGUUUGCUACCACUUCAGAAGGGAAGACACCAUGGAUGGACCUAUCCAUCAAAAUGACUCCCCUUCCACGUAGCACGCCCAAAAGCCGGAGAUUUCUCUGAAAACUCCUAAGUGCCAAUAGGCUGCAAUUAAAUCUGUUGUGUCUGCCAGUGAAGAUUAGUUAAUAAUGCACAAGAAAGCAACAGAAAAAGCCCCUCCACCAACAGUCAUAGUUUGGAAGCCAGCAUGUUAUGAAGUCUUUCUGUUUCCUGUAAUGCCUCAUUUUCCGGGACGGCACAUGACUGACAGACAUCAGUGCAGGAAGGCAGUUGGUACAGUGCAUGUUGCCACAUCCACCAGUAAGGAAUCCAAAGUCAGAGCUAGUUACGAAAGAGUUUGAGGGAGGGUUUCCGGAGCUCCAUGCAUUCCUGAAGCAAAAGCCAUGUGUUUUCCCCUCCAUUAUUUGCACACCAAGGGAGGUGUGCCUGCACAUAUGCGCAUAUCCUUGCAUGCACAUCGCUGACUUUUCAGCCUUUUGACCACAUGCAUGGUGCUUUUUUCUGCAGCUCAGAACUGGGGAGGCCUCAGUUUAUGCUUCCUUAGGCUGACUGUUUCCAACCCAGGAGCGAUAAAUACAGGAAUGCAGAAAGGAAAAGAGCAGCCAGAGAUGGGGAUCUUUGGAGAGGUUUGCUGACAAGUUGUUAGAUUCUUAGAGACUGCUCAUGAGAAAAGCCCCAGGAGGCCCCAGAGGUAUGAUGAGAUCGUAGUAUGGGAGAGUAGUUGCAUAGCAGCAUCAGUCUACAUGGCACUUUACAGAGUAUAGCAUAAGCAGAGUAUAGCAUAAGCUCCUGAGGAGCUUACAAAUUUAGGCAAUGUGAACAGACAGCUGAGGAUGAAUGUGAGUGAAUGUGAUUUACAGGUUCUUAGGUUUCAUUUCAGUUGGGGUCAAGGUCUUCGUGCAUAAGGCAAAAGCUUUACAGAUAGCAUGUUGUGCUGGGAUGGGGGAGAGAGAGAGAGAGAGAGAGUGGCAGGGGGACUGUUGGCAUCUCUGAUUUCUGAGGAGAUGGGAAAUUGCAAAACUGCAAAUCAGGGAACAGGAUAGUUGCUUCCCACCUUAAGCAUCUGGCUGGAUAUGAACCAAGUGUGCAGCAGAGACAGGGUUUCUGCCUUUCAGGGUCACAGACAUCCCUGUUGGAGCCUUCCCACUGCAGAACCCCCCACGCCACGGCACCCUGCACGGCUCCGGUUCUGGUGUCAUGAUCUCUGCUUCAUAUUGAUUGACCGAUCUGAAAGCCCCCACACUAGCCAGGCUUCACCCCGCAGGCAGCCAUUCCACAGCACAGGCCCCAUUUGAGCCGGCUGCUUCCACGGCGGCAUCUUGAGCACAGCAGACCCCCCAGCCCUGAGCAGAUCAGAGGAGAUGCUCCCACCAGCUGCCGUGCUCACCUUUGUGCCUAAAUGGCAUCAUUCCUCCACACCUCCACUUGCAGCUUCAGGCAAUUUCUGGGGGUUUUUUUGUUUUUGUUUUUUAAAAGACUCAAGUCAAGGCCUUCUUAGGAGUUGCAUCCGUAUCUGGAACACAUGCAGAAACCGUUUUGCAGUGUGCAUGUUUCCUGCAUCGCUGCAGCCGAAGUUUCUGUCAAGCUGAUGCAGUCGCAGCUGAAAUUGUUUUGCACAUUGAUUUUUUAAAAAGACGCCCCCUUCCUGUGGCUGCUCUCUCUGGCCACGUUUCCCCUGUGCAGUUCUACUCUGGUCAAGGUGCAACAGGCUUCUGGAGUGGGGAGUGCAUAAAGCAGCAGUUACAUCCAACAAUUUAUCCAUGGGCCACCCAGAGUUAUCCAUGCUACCUUCUCAUUGACUGUCAGGUGGGGCAAAAGUGGGGGAUAUCCUGGGUGCCUCUUCCCUUAAGGCAGGAAUUAUCAAACUUGGGUCUCCAGAUGUGGAUGGACUACAAAGCCUAUCAGCCCCUGCCCAAUGGGAGCAGGGGAUCAUGGGAGUUGUAGUCCAGAUAUAUCUGGAGACAUGGAUUUUGAGAAUCAAAACCACAAACAUCCAACUAUCCUUCACAGUGUCUAGCAGCUCUUGGACAGGGCAGCAUGAAGGGGAAGGGGGACGUGUGGACCAAGCCCCUCUCCAAAAUGAAGGCAUGCCUUUUACACUUGCUUAAUACAGAAGCACAGUUCCAGUGUGUUAUCUGACUGGUGAGAAUGAAAGCUUGAGCUACAAAGAAAAACUCUUAUUCGAGAUAAAAAGCACAGUUUAUAGGCAAUAUUUACAAUUUUUUAAAAUAAUGUCCUUGCAUCAGAAUGUCUUCGAUAAAUGUGUGCAUCAUUUCCUUUUUACUGAUUGAAAACAAAAUGUACAUCUCAAUGAUACUGAAAUCUUUUGUUUUGUGGGAGAUGCAUCUGAAUGUGAAAUAUUAAACUUACAACACUUCUCUUAA